AUGGCGCUCCGCGGCCCGCGCGGCCUCCUGGCGGGCCUCGCCGCCUGCCUGGCUGCGCCGCGGACGCCCGCCGCCCCGGCGGGCGGCUCCGCCGCCCUGCUGGUGGUCGGCGAGGUCACGGGCCCGUUGCGCCAGCCGGGCCAGGACGCCGACGCCUUGAAGGUGGAGUUCAGCAUGAGGAAGCAGAUCUGGGGAGACCACGACGGGAGCCUGUACUAUUCCUCGCAUGCGGGGCACAGGCUCUACAAGAUGGACGCCGCGGGCUCGCUGCGGACCGUGGCCGGGAACGGGCAGCCAGGCUGGUGGGGCGACGGCGGCUUGGCGAACCAGGCGGGCGUCAGGUACCCGGGGCCUGUCUGGGGCGACCGCUCGGGCCAUGUCUUCUUCGUGGACAACGCCUCCUCCUGCCUCAGGCGCAUCGACACCCAGGGGAUCAUCGCCACCGUGGCCGCGUUCUCCUGGCCGCGGCCCUCGAUCGGUGCCCUCUGGGGCGACCGCUCCGGGGACCUCUACGUCACGGACACGGAGAGGCGCCAGGUCCUCCGCCUGCGAGCCGAGGGCGACGGGUACGCAGAGGAGGUCUUUGCCGGACGGGCCCCCGCCGCCACGCCGGCACCGCUGGGCCACAGCGGCGACGGUGGGCCAGCUCUCCACGCGAGGCUCGCGCAGCCAAACGGCCUCUGGGGCGACGACUCUGGGAGCCUUUACGUGGCAGAGAUGGCCGGCCACCGCAUCCGACGGAUCGAUCGUGCCGGCAGGAUCUCGACGGUCGCCGGCACGGGCAGUCCCGGCUACUCUGGAGAUCACCACGGCGGCGUGGCGACGUCCGCCAGGCUGAAGUGCCCGUGCGACCUGUGGGGGGACGGCUACGGGAGCCUCUUCGUCGCCGACAUGGGCAACCACCGCAUCCGGCGGGUGGACCCCCAGGAGGCAACAUCUCGACGUUCGCCGGCAACGGAUCCCAAGGCUACGCGGGCGACGGGGGCAGCGCUCGGGACGCCAGUCUCUCGGCGCCAAAGGGUGUGUGGGUUGACCGGCACGGUGCCGUCUUCAUCGACACCUUCAACCAGCGCAUCCGCCGCGUGGACGAGCGCGGCGCGAUCUCUUCCUUCGGCCACCUGGGAGGCAGCAGCCCCAAGUCGUCGAGGCGCUGGUCCGAGGGCCUCCGCCUGGGGCGUGCGCCCGGGCUGGGCCACCUGCUCUCCGACGCCCGCGGCCACGCGCUGCUGA